AUGGUUACAACCACUUUCUUCUCCCGCGCUCGCAGGUCGGCGGUGCAUGCGCCAAACAAGAUACGCGGCUUCCUUGCUUUACCCGGAGAGAUCAGAAACCAGAUUUACAACUCCUACUUUGAGUCGGAGCGCCGCUGUGAGAUUGUCGGUAAUGGAGCUCAAUUUACACAGCGAUCCCCGCAGACCGUCAAGCUGUCAUUGAAUCUUGCUCUUGCGAAAAAUACUACUCCGGCGUAUAAAUCUGAGGCAAAUGUUAUUCCUCCUACCGUGGUCCGCUUCCCAAGACCACUUGGUAAGUACAAUGCUGUCCGGGGAUUAUGCACGAAUUGGCAGGGUUCGCUGCAUGCCCUGAGUCUUGUAUGCAAGCAAAUCUACUCGGAGACAGCAACCUUCCUAUACCAGAAGACAGUCUUUGUGUUCAACGCGCCAAAGCGCAUGGUCAAUUUCUUCAGAUUCGCCUCCAGCGUUGGCAUUGAGAACAUCACCAAAUUGCAUCUCCACUACAACACCUAUGGUCACCCUCAUAGAACCGAGUUCCGAGUCUGGCAAGAAAAGCACAGCCAGAGUUGGCAGCAAGCUUGUAAGAUCGCCUCGAGGAAGCUCACAGGUCUACACGAGCUUGAGGUCUGGAUGAAAGUUCACGAAGCCGCUCCGAAGCUCAGCCUGCGUGAAAAAUGGUUGAGACCUUUGCUCCAGUUUCGGCGAUUGGCAUGUUCCAAAGAACUGGCGAGUCGAAAGACAGCGUCAACUCAACCUGUCCGUUGUCAGUCGGGACUUCAAAUCGCCAAGGUGCAUGUUGAGACACAUUGGACCAAGAAUGUUGAGCUCUACUGGGCUGAUAACAGAAGGCUGGUAGAGGCAAGUAAGGAUUUGCACCAGCUCUUCGGACAGGCCGUCGGAUUAGCUAUCAUUGGCUCGACAGAACAGGCGGCAAUGGCUGGGUUCAAUGCAGCAUGGAGGGAGAAACAUGCAGAGUGGAGAAAUCAUCUUCCACUAGUUCGAGGAGCAUGA